AUGGAUGAAGCACUUGCCACUGAAAUAGCAGGUUUAGGACAAGAGGCUCCAUUUGCACUUCAAAUCGGUGUGGAUAAUUCAACCUCUAAUCCUCCUUUUCGUAAUAGCGUCAAGCUUCAAUCAAAUUAUCUUUAUGGAGAUGGCUUAUACGUCCUUGAUCUCAAUCAUUACCCUAGCGGUUGUGGUGUAUGGCCUGCAUUUUGGACAAUGACAGCAAAUGCGAGUAGUAGUCAAGAGAUUGACAUUAUACAAAGUGUGAAUGAUUUAAGAGAAGGACCUAUAAUAGCCUUGCAUACGGAUCAACAAUGUCAAGCAGGAUGGAUACCAGGUUCAAUGACGGGAACAUUUGGUGAACAAAUGAAUUGUCGUCAACAAAAUGUUAACGUGAGCGGAUGUGUGGGCUACUAUGAAUCUCUCAUACAUGAACCGGCAAACAUUCAUGGUGGAACGUCCGAAAUUAGUGCUCGAAGAUCACUUUCUAAGAAAGCACAGCAAGGCUCUACCUUUGGACAGACUGGUCGAACGGUCAUCGUCAUGCAGAGAGAUAUUCAAAAUUCUAAUGGUAUCUCAGCUUGGGCAUUCAAUGAAACCGGCGUACCGGUUAAUCUGAACUAUACUUUAUCUUUGGCAGGCAAUGGGAAUGGGCAAACAAAUAAGUCACUAGCAAUCUCCACGGAUAAUUGGCCAUCCCCGAAUGUUUUAUUCUCUCUACCCCAAAGCUCAUGUAAAGAACAAUGGGAAAGGCAUUUCUUGGUAAUCAACAUAGGUCUUUGUGGUGGUUGGGCCAACACUACCUACACCAGCAGUGGAUGUGCAGCACAAUUCGAUACAUGUGCCGAUCAAGUUGCUAGUCAAGUUGCAUCAUUCGACAAUGCUUUUUUCUCAAUCAAUUCAAUCACAGUUUUCGCAAGCAAUAAUUUCAAUCUUAAUCCUGUUUUACUACCUGGACUGCCGUCAGGUGGUGAGCGUACCCUUUCUACGAAUCAAGCUCACAUCUUUUCCAUCCUUUUCGCAUUCAUUGUUCUCAUUAUUCUUUUGUAA